AUGUAUGUUUCAGUAAUAAAGCCUAUCAUCCUGUAUGCAGCAAGUGUAUGGGCACCAGCUGUAAAAAAGAUAGGAGUGCAAAAGCACCUAAACACGAUUCAAAGAGGCUUUGCCCAAAAAAUCUGUAAAUCAUACAGAACAGUGUCACUACAUUCAGCACUACUUUUGGCUGGGCUCAUUCCCUUAGAUCUUCGAGUACAUGAACACGCUGACUUGUACGAAGCAAAAAGAGGACGACCAAUUCUCUGCUUGCCAGAUGACAGGGAACUCGAACGACGAGUGAGUUUUAUGACCGCGGAGCAUCCAGCCCGAGACAUUGAGAUUGGUUUUUCCUGCCUUGAAGACCUAGAACCUGCAACCGUAGAAAAGUAUCAACUAAAAGGCCAGCUCAUAUUUACAGACGGUAGUAAAAUUGAAGGGAAGGUAGGAGCAGCCAUUUCAGUAUGGAGGGAAGGAGAGGAACGUCGUGCAAUAAAAUUUAAGCUGGAAAGAUAUUGCACAGUAUACCAAGCGGAAUUAUUCGCCCUGUGGAAGGCCGUAGAAUUGGUACGAGAGGGGAAAGAAAGGCAAACAUGUAUCUUCAGUGACUCCCGAUCCUCCCUGGAACUGCUCCAAAAUCCGAAAUCGUCGCACCCUCUAGGGUUCGCGAUAAAAAAGAACAUAGAGCAAAUUCGAAACCAAGGAAAGGACAUACGAAUGUUUUGGAUCAAGGCCCACGUAGGUAUAGCAGGAAAUGAAAGAGCUGACGAACUCGCGAAGACAGCUGCUCUACACAAAAGAACUCUAGCAGAUUAUCAAGAAUGUCCACUAUCAUAUGUCAAACGCAUGAUACGACAAAACUCAUUGGACCAGUGGCAGGAUCGGUAUACAUCAGGAACAACAGGUGGAACGACAAAAAUAUUUUUGCCUGACGUUAGAGAAGCAUAUAAAAUAAUUCGGAAGAUCCAACCAACCUCAACUGCAGUGCAAAUCUUAACAGGGCAUGGAGGUUUUGGCUUUUACCUUCACAAAUUUAAGUGUAAAGACAGUCCAAGUUGUAAAUGCGAUCCAAAUGCUAACGAAGAUAUCAUUCACCUGCUAACAGAUUGUCCGAGGUUCGGCAGGGAAAGACAAGACCUAGAGAUAGAGAUAGGAAUAAAAGUAACACCUGAAAACUUAAAGGAGAUCAUGAAAAAUGUAGAAAAAAGACAAAGUUUUUUGGAAUUUGGCGUAACAAUUGCAGAAAAGAUAAUAAAAGAAAAUAAAACGUGA